UCGGAAGGAGCCUUUACUUCAGACGCUCUGUUCGCUUUUGUUAAUGUUAAAUAUUGUGUGAUCUUUGAUUACGUGUGCUCUACGCGAAUUUAGGCAAACUUACUUUCUCUUUCUCUUUCUCUCUCCCUGUCGCUACCUCUCCACGGUUGAGUGAGUAUAAAUCUACAGAAAAAAGGAUCUUCCAUGGGAAUGGGAGAGAGAAUCUAUUCGAGCUGUUAAGGUUUGCGAUAUUUUAGGCUUUAGUUUGAUCUCAAAGAUUAGGAAAAAAAGGGACUAGGGUUUUGUUUUGUCUUUGUCGCACGCUUGGAAGCUCUGGUUUAUAUAUUGGAUCGUUAAGAGACGCAAAUUUUUUUAAAAAAAUGCGAAAGUCGUUCAAGGAUUCACUCAAAGCUCUCGAAGCUGAUAUCCAGUUCGCCAAUACCCUGGCAUCCGAGUAUCCAGAGGAGUGUGAUGGUGGGUUCGUGCAGAUGAGACUGUCUUACAGCCCCGCGGCUCAUCUCUUUCUCUUCCUUCUUCAGUGGACUGAUUGUCAUUUCGCUGGCGCUUUAGGAUUGCUUCGGAUCUUUAUUUAUAAGGCAUAUGUUGAUGGGAAGACCACAAUGUCGCUUCAUGAACGGAAAGCUAGUAUCAAAGAGUUCUAUGAUGUGUUGUUUCCUUCGCUAUUGCAAGUUCACGGAGGGAUAAACGAUGUAGAAGAAAGGAAGCAAAAGGAGAUAUGCGAGAAAAGAUACCGGAGAAAGGACACAACAGAGAAAGGAAAGAUGUCAGAGGUGGAUUUGGAGAGGGAGGAAGAGUGUGGCAUUUGCUUGGAGAUUCGCAAUAAAGUUGUUCUUCCUACUUGCAAUCACUCCAUGUGCAUAAAUUGCUACAGAGACUGGCGGUUGAGGUCACAGUCGUGCCCGUUCUGUAGAGGGAGCUUGAAAAGAGUGAAUUCUGGUGAUUUAUGGGUUUACACUUCGAACAGGGAGAUAGUGGAGUUACCGGAGAUAUACAAGGAGAAUGUGAAGAGGUUGUUAAUGUACAUUGACAAAUUGCCUCUCGUUGCUUGUGACCACCACCCAACUCUUGUUCCUUACGCUCAUGUUCCGCGCUGAACAAUCCCUACCCUCUUUAAUUAUAGCUUAUCUCAUCCUUCUUCUGCACAUAGCAUUUCUAAUCUCUAUAUUUUUUGUAAAUAAGAAUUUAUGUUUCUUUUUCAAUUUGGGGGGGGGGGGGGGGGGGGGUUCUUUUAAGUUUUUUAUGCAGUCUCUGAUUUGGAUUUGUUAUUUGUAUUAUCACAACUUCCUCUUGGUAAAUGGCUUUGAAAACUUCGG